AUGUUCACAUUCACAUUACCAUACAUCUUCAUUGUGCAAAGCUAACCCUCUACUUGCUACUCCUCCUCCAAGCUAUAUCACAAUCCAUUUCUAUAUAUUUACUUUCUUAGGAAAGAGAGAGAGCUUGCGCGCGUGACGAUUAGUAUGGCGGCGACAUUAACAUCCUCACCUUCUGCAGCAGAAAUUCUGUCCCUCUUCCGUUCCUUCAUACGAAUAGCUCGCCAAUUCCCAGAUUACAACAUCAGGGAAUACACUAAACGACGCGCCGUCGACGCGUUUCGUCAAAACGCAACACUUUCAAACCCUUCUUCCAUUUCCGAUGCUUUCUCUUACGGAAAGUCACAGCUUGAAGUCGCUAAACGACAAGCCGUUGUUUACUCUCUUUACGUUCCUCCUCUUCCCAGCAUCAUGGACCUUCCAAAUAAACCCUUUUAAUCAGGUUAUGUUGUGUUGAGAUAGGAUGAUCAAAAAUAUGUGUUUCCUUACUUUGCAUUCAUCUAUUAUGGAACAGACUGCAAAGUGAAAAUCUUGAAGUCACAGCUUUCUCUGGGAAAGAAAUGACUGUUCUUUAGUAACCAACACUGUAUUUUUGGAGAACUAGUUUAUGUAUGUGUAUUUAAAGUGGGAUUGCAUUCCCUAAUAAUGAAUUGAAAACCAAUUUUAUGUUGUUAGAAUUAGAAUAAUUUUAGCCGACUUUCUGUAAAUCAACUACUUGAUUUGAUUUUUGAUACAAUGAUAAUGAUGAGGUUCUCCUUAGCCAUAAUAA